ACACCACCGUGACGGAAAACGGAAGUGUGGAACGUAGUUUAUAUUAGAGGAGUGAAAGCUGUGUAAAAUCAUUAUUUUUUAUACUUAACGCUACCAAUCUACAAAGUGAACAUUAAAUUCAUUCUAAGGCCGUAUUUGAAAGAAGAAUUUAAUAAUCCGCCUUCAUUUAUAUAUAUUAGGCAAGUUCUACAUCUGAAUGAAAGAUUCCCUAGCAAGCUCAUGUGGAAGUGUUAAAUCACUAGAAUCACUACUUAGAGUGGUCAGGAUCGAUGUUUAGUUUGUCUAUAGCAUCGAGUAUAUUUCAAAGAUCUACGCAGACAACGUGGAGCUGUGUGUUGAAUUUUGCUAAAUAUUUUUGGAGUAGUCCGAAAACGAAUACUUUAACAAUGCACGAAGCAAGGAAGAGGUAUCACUCUCAUUCAAGAUCCAAAUCUAGAUCUUAUUCUAGAGAUAGAAGUUAUGAUCGUAAGAAGCUCAAAACGCAUUUGAAUGGAAGAGAUCGUGAUGGAAAACGUAGAAAAUUAGAUUCUUACGAUAGUCCAUCAUACAAAAAAUCAGUUAGCAGUCAAAGAGCUCAUCGAUCAAGGCAGUAUGAAAGAGGAAGUAGCGCCGAGAGGAGGUACAAGAGGAGUCGCAGGAGAUCCCGCACUUCCAAAAAACAUCGUCAUUACCACGACAAAAAGAAGCAUAGAAGAUCCCUUUCAGCGGAGCAUCCAACUUCAAAAAUUGCAUCUGUGGAGGAUGACGAAGAAGGACAUCUUAUUUAUGAAAUAGGAGACAUCAUAAAAAGCAGGUACAAAAUUUUAGGUACACUCGGGGAAGGCACUUUUGGUAAGGUUGUCAAAGUCAAGGAUUUAGAAAUGGAUCAUUACAUGGCCUUGAAAAUAAUUAAAAAUGUUGAAAAAUACAGGGAAGCGGCCAAGUUGGAGAUUAAUGUUUUGGAAAAAUUAGCCGUAAAGGAUCCCAAUUGUGAUUACCUUUGUGUAAAAAUGUUGGACUGGUUUGAUUACCAUGGACAUAUGUGUAUUGCUUUUGAAAUUCUGGGAUUGAGUGUUUUUGAUUUUUUGAAGGACAAUAACUACCAGCCUUACUUCUUAGAUCAAGUCCGACAUAUAGGGUAUCAAUUAUGUUACGCCGUUAAAUUUCUACACGACAUUAAACUAACCCAUACAGAUCUUAAACCAGAAAACAUCUUAUUCGUAGACUCUGAUUAUGAGUUGGUAUACAAUAGUAAAAAACGAAAAAACGUUAAAAAGGUUAAAAGAACUGAUGUACGAUUAAUAGAUUUUGGUAGUGCAACUUUUGAUCAUGAACACCACAGCACAAUUGUCUCGACACGCCACUAUAGGGCUCCAGAAGUUAUUCUAGAACUAGGAUGGGCACAACCCUGUGAUGUGUGGUCUAUCGGUUGCAUUUUGUUUGAACUGUACUUAGGCAUAACCCUUUUCCAAACUCAUGAUAAUAGAGAACAUUUAGCCAUGAUGCAAAGAAUCCUAGGAGAAAUUCCCAUUAGAAUGGCAAGGAAGACUAAAACAAAAUAUUUCUACAGAGGAAAACUAGAAUGGGAUGAAAAAAAUUCAGCAGGAAGAUAUGUAAGAGAUAACUGCAAGCCUCUUCUGCGGUAUAAACAAUCUGAUGAUACAGAUCAUAAUCAGUUAUUUGAUCUCAUAUUUAAGAUGUUAGAGUAUGAACCUUCCGAAAGAAUCACUCUGAAGGAUGCUUUAGAACAUCCAUUCUUUGAUAAAAUCCCGUCCCACCUUCGGUUAACUGACUACAAGGCGAGUGUCAGCAGGGAGAGAAGUGUAUCAACAUAAGAAAACCAAGUUUUAUUAUAUAUACUUUUACGUAUAUCGGUGAUUUAAGACAAUUUGGGAAAAUAUCUAUGUCGAUACAAUAUAUUAUGUAGAUAUACUUAUAUUAUUCAGUAAUUUGUUUAUUGCACUUGAUCCAGUAAGUAUUGACUGAGAUCUAUGAAAUAUUUUUCUAUGAACAAGCUGAUUGGUUUUCUUUUCAUAUAUUUUAAAUUGAAAUGUGAUAUAUAUCAACAGUUACAAUAGACAUGAUGACUAAUUUUUUUUAAAUUGUUUUCUGUUUUGAAAAUGUUUUUAUUUUUAAAAAAAUAUUCUAAAAAAAUACAGAACUCGCUAUUUAUUACUAUUAUUAUGUCAACCUUUGUAAUUACACUGAUUUUUUAAGCCUAAUAUAAAACCAAGCAGUGUUGGUGUAGUGGUAACAGUAAAUAGUGUCUUCAGGAUAAGUAUCACCAGAAAUUUCAACUUAGUACAAGAAAUUCGUGAAAAAGAUGCUUUUUUUUCUACAUUUAGUUUCCAAAUUCGUGCGAAACAAAAUGCUUAAGGGGGCAUUCUGGACUAGAAGCCUAAAUUUUAGGCGUUUUUGAAACUAACGUAACAAAAAAUUGUAUUGACUUUUUAAGAAUAUAAAAAAAAAUCAGAAUUUCAAUGAAUUACAAACCGGUAAAGAGAAAGCUACAAAAAAACAGUGCACCCUGGUUGACAUGAUUCCAACCCUUGUAGUGAUCUGGAACAAAUUGAAAAAUUCCAAAUCUACAAAGAAGUCGUUAUAACAUUGACCUUGUCCAGAAAAAGUUCACAAAAUGGCGACGACAUGAAAAUUCUAAUUUUUUCGCCCCUUUCAAAUUUUUUUAAAAUACUCCAAAUUGAUUUAUUUUUUUUAAUCCAAGGGGCAGACGCGAUAUAUAAAAAAGAUUUCCACCAAAUUUUGAAGGAAUCGAUCGGGUAGAACUUGUGAUAUCAUGUCAACCACUUCAAAAUAAGUAGUUUCCAGAAAAAAAUUCGUUUAAAGUUUGAAAAACAAUUCCAGUAGAAUAAUUCGUUCCACUCGACCGUUUAAAGACAUGUUCUUAAGGGUCUAAGCUUUGCCAAAAAAUCGAUUUUUUUUUCAAUUUCUGGACCAGAAUACCCCUUAAGGGCAUUAGCUUCUAAUGAUACCAGAUUUUUGACGUCUCGCAAGGAAAGGGGAUAAAAAAAUUUUUUCUAACCAAACCUAACCUUAACACGUAUAUAAACUGAUGUUUUGUGCCUAUAUUUAGAUUUUUUAUGACACAAAAAAACUCACCCCCGUUCAAAAAUUCCUUCAUGUUCUUAAUAUCUUUUUGAGAUAUCUAACGCAGCGUUGGUUUUUGUAGGUCUGCUGCUUCUUGGAGUUUCCGGUACUUCUAUAGCAAGUGGAUACACAAAUUUUUUUUAAUGAUUAAUGAACUAAUUAAUUGAUUUUCAGAAUAGGUAAAAUUAUCUUUAUUUAUCUUUAACACAACUUCAGCUACGAAACAAAGACAAAAAACUAAUAUAAUAAUAGGUUGAUUUGUUAACAAAGUCAAAAUCAAAGUUACACAAUUCUUGCCAGUGUUUCCAACAAUCAAAAAUUCAUCUUCCUAAAGUCCCAAUCAAAAAUCCCCACAACUACUAAAGAUUCCCCUUAAAAAAAUGUAAAUAAUUAACUAUUUUACAAAUACUUAAGGACUCUUGAGUUAAUGACUUAUUCAUGGUUUCUUCAAGUUCUGCAUGAUUUUCUUCAGAUCUAAAACUCGCUGGAGGAUUUUGAUAAUAUGAAUUUAGCGGUUUCUUUUUGUCCAAUUCUCUUGGUUUGUUGUGGAACAUAGUCAUCAUCGCUGCUAUUUUCCGACCAAAUAUCUAUAUCUGCAUCAUUAUUUAGGGUAUAACACUCUUUUCUUAGCCUUUUUUGUGGAGGUGCUCUUGGUGGAUCUUGAAUAUAUAAAAUUCGAAUAUUAACAUAGCGUUUAUUCAAGACCUAAUGUGCAGAAUAAUGCACAUGAUACUUUACAUUCAUUCAAAACGUAGAUUUGAGUAUCAAAUAUAGUAUUUCAUACUUUGUAGACUUUUCUGAGAGUACAUAUUCAUCUUUUACAAAAAUUAUACAAUGAAAUUGCUCAAAGUUUUAGCAAAAAAACAAUAAAUGAUCACUCAUCAGGUAAAUCCAAUUUCUCGUCGGCCAUGUUCAACAAGUGACUAACUAGAUGUCGCCUUAGUAUUUUAAAACAUGUAUUGCCACACGGUCCCAAAAUGUAAAUUGUCAACAAAAUAAUAAUGAUAAUCAAAUAAUAGAAUAUGGACUAUAGGUCUGAAAGGGUUAAACAAAAAUUUAAAAUGUAAUUACGAGGGCCGUUUUUUUUAUCAACCUCUUAUCACUCCGCGGGCAUGCGCUUUAGGCGACUGCGAAGCUCUCGCACUACACACUCCGUCAUUGUUGACAUUCAGGCAUCAAUCGGCGUAGUGCUACAGCUAUGUAAACAUGUCCGCCAUUACUGAUGCUUUCGUUGGAAAAUGAGUCGUGUGUAUGAGGAAAACUUUAUGAGUAAUGAACUUAAGUUUGAAUGGUGUCGAAAGUUUGAGGAUGGCCGUAAUGAUGUGCAUGAUGAAGGGGGCCAUGGUCGCAAAUCUGUCGUUUCAGAUGACCAGUUGACAAAAUUGUUAAAGAAAACCGCAGAUUCCCCAUUACUGCUUUGUCUACGGAAUUUUAAGGUCUGUUUUUUACUCUACUUGAAUUUAUGAGCGGCAAUUUUCUUCGGUGAUUAUGUCUAAAAGUACCUUUCGGUGAUAAAAUUAUGGUUUUAUAUCAACUUGUCUUUUAUUUAUAGCCUAUCGGAGGUUGAGAAAAAACCGACCCUCGUAAAAACAAUUAUAAUUUAUCGUAAUAUUUGCAUGAUGGCGUCAUCUUUCAACAAAAAAAUAAAUUAACACUCAACUAGCGAAACUUUGAUAACACGAAUUCAAACAGAAAUUUCCCUUUUUUUUUAGAGUAAACAUUAUACGGGGGGUAUAUUCGAGAUAAUAGAAUGAUUUCAAUUCCGACGAGAAAAUCGUUGGGUUGUAUUCGAAGUAGGGGCUAUUUUGGGGUAUAUAAAUUUUGUAUAGUUUAUAAAAGAUGGUACCGUCAGUCGACAAAGGGUGGUUAAAUGUUGAAAAUUGGUUGAUACUUGAGUAUUUCUAGUAAUUUUUAACUACUGUCAUCAUGCCUAUUGAAAUUUUUUUUUUUUCACAACAUAAUCGACUGGAAUCCGUUACUAUUUCCAGAUCUUGCUCUAAACUGGCAGAUUUCAUACAAUACUUACAACAAUUUCGAAAUUAUACAAAAUUUUUUCCCCAUUUGUCUUAGGUUAUAUUUAUUGAAUCAUAGUUAAGAGGCUUAAAAUAGGUAGAAGCCAUGAUUAACAUUUCAGGAUGUGUUCAGCAAACUAUUCUUUUUAAACUUAAAGAAGAAACAAUCGCAUGUUCCUUACUAAGCAAAUUCUAUCUAAUGAGUUGUUUAUAUUUAUAGGUGUGACCAUAGAAGGAAUCUACUGUGAUGUAUAUAGUGGCAAGCAGAUGCUACUAGAGGUAAUUAAAUAAGUUUAAAAUUUGUGCACUGACCUUUAUGACCUUUAAACCAUUUUGUAACAUCCCUAAUGUACAUUGACAAUACAAUAAUUGUUAACACGUUUACAGUUUGGAGGUAUUCUUAUAGAAGUGUCCCUUUAAGCAUUUUUUUUGUAACCAGAGCCGAUUCAAGUAGAGAAACUUCUAAGAUUCAAACCACGUCAUUUCGAUAUUUAAACUCAACCAAGUUGGAAUUUCUUGUGGUGGUAUUUUUACUGAACAUAUUAUACUGGCACUCACCUUUACACUGUCCGGUCUUUCGAGCCGCAUAUAAAUAGAAAACUCGAAAGAGUAGAGGGUGUAAUUGCGGGGGUUGCCCUAAUGGUAGUGAAUGGUGUGUUCGGUUUUGCUGGCAGUCGAACACGCUAGAAAAUUUGGUAUACAGUAUAUCCAUAAACUAACGUACGAUGAAAAUUUCAAUGUAACUAUUUUUUUUUGUAAGAAAGAUCUGUAAUACAGAUUAACUAAAUGAAAUACAUAAUUUUUCGUGAAUUUUGAGUUAAUUUCACAUUUUUUUUUUCAACUCCUAGAGAUCUGCAAUCUGCUUAGCAAAGUGAUGAGAGCUUGGUUUGAUUUAUUGCUUGAUUCCCAUUCUUUCAUUAUAAACCAAAAUCUACACCAAAAUAAACUUAAUAGUAACGACUAUGAGGACUGAAACUAUCAGAUAAUUAUAGUAUAAUUACGUUUAACUGCACUGACCCUCUACAACUGUAUUUGACGCUCAAUCAAUUGUUGGAUUCUAAGCAGUUUUCGUGUUGAAUUUGUAGACCUUUCAAUUCAAUAUUCUUCAUUUCCUUUAGUCCUUUGCUACUUCUCUUCACUCAGUCCUUCCUACAUCACCCGUAUCCAUUUUUUUUUGGGCGUCCUCAUCUUCUCACUCCCUCUACUAAUGUUCCCUCAAUUCACAAAGUAGCAUUUUGUUCUAACCAUGUUGCUCUUUGUGCCAUAUUUGUCUUAUUUUAAUCCAACAACAUAUUGAUUGAUGAAGCUAGGAGGUUUUUGUGCAGGACUGAAGGAGUUUAAUGAUGACAAAUUGGAUCAAAAAUAAAAUCGUUCCAAUGUGAACUUUUGCGCUCACAGAUUAAUUUAAUGGAGCACUAAAAUUGCCUACGACGGCUAGGCAGGUAUUCUCCGUGAUGGUUGCCAUUUCGAGUCAAAUUGUGCCUCGGAAGACGGUUUGUUACCUUAAACUUAAGAUUUGACAUAACCCCAAAGGAAUAAGUCCAUAGGUGUUGAAUCGGGACUGCUUGGAGACUUAUGUUAUAUGUCCUGGAGAUCAAUUUGUCUGUAAACUCGUGGAAAACAUCUGUGAGAAGUUGCCGGACCCACGUUCUUUGGUUAUAACCAUGAAACUUUUGCAGUUCGUGCUUGAACUGUGUUGACAUCGCAGUCAAUAUAUGGUCACUUCAAGCUAAUGUUUGUAUUCUGGAAUGGUUGCACUCCAAUAGCGGCAAUUUUGCUUAUUGACUGUACAUUACGAUGAAAAUUAGCUUCAUCUGAAAACAAGAUGUUGGUAAGCGUUUAAAGGAAAAGCACGCUUCCCAAAUAGAACGAGUCUACGUUUUCGACGGCUCCAGAAGACCUUGAACGCCUGGAUUUUGGUUUAUACUUUUUAAUCUUCUAACUCCUUACCCAUAUUCCAUUCAGUCGAACACUUGUCGCAUUAUUAAAGUGGCGAAUAUUGCAGAAUUUUCUACCUGCUACAGCCGAAUAACCGUUCAAAGUACAUUGAAACACUUAGAAAUGAAUGUGUUUAGUAUUAGCAGCCGAAAAUAUGCUUAUUAUAGGGUAAAACAGGCAAAUGUGCCCCACUAUUCGAAAAAUCGAAAUAAAAAUCAUUUUUUGUUUAGAACAUGUUUAUUAAAGUAAUCAGUCUUAACCUCUGACUCAAUUGGCAUAAAAAAAAAACUAAAAAAUCUUCUAAAAUAUAAUUGACCAUAACUGAGAUCAACAAUUUUGUGAAACUUAGGGUGGGGAACAUUACAAGGAUAGAUCCGUCUUAUGUGCCCCAGCAAAACCUCUCAUUUAGAGGUUCUUUUUCCUUUCCCUUUUUCUUUGGUACACAUGUGUUUUCAUUUUCAUCAGAACAUUCUUCGCUAGAUUCACUAAGCUGCAACUCUACUUCACUUUCUGAUGACGAUGAUAAAUCCCUCACAACAGUCUUCUUACGUUUUUUCUCCUGUAUUUUUUUUUGUCUUCAAACAGUUUACGAGUUGUCAAAUGAAUUUUUGAUGUCAAAACCUUAACAGAUUGCUUCCUUUUACUUACGUUUUGUUGAAUAAUAGGCAAUGGACUAAUUAUUUGUAAGGUCUUAGAUGGUGUUAAUUCUUGUGCAGUCUCAGAAGAUUCUGAUGUGGACAUUUGAAUGGCUUGAUUAUUAUUAUUACUAAUCAGAGAUGUGGAUGUACUUGGCAAGGAAAGAGCAAUAGUGUUCUGAGUUGGCUGUGAAUGAUUAUUAAUUGCUUGCGAAUCAUCAUUAUUCUGAAUACUUCCCAUUGAUGCAUCAGAAAUUCUGAAGAAAUAUUCAGGCACAGCAUUGGGAUCAUAAGGGCAAAUCCCUGUCGCUUUAAAUCCUGAAACGCCAAUUGCUGGUAUAGCAGACUUGAACCAGGCAUCACCAAUCAUUUUUGAAAUGUGGUAUCGAUUAAAAGGUCGGCCUUUGUUGUUGAUAAACCAAGUGGAAACUUCUUUAGACAAGUAACUUUUGAAUGGCUUAAAAAAACUUCUAUCUAUUCUAAUGGUUGAAGAGCCUGAGUAGUAUGACUUGGUAGACAGAGGAUAAUCACAUCGUUUUCAGAUGCCAAUUGUAGCAUUUCAUAUGAAUUGGAAUGCGAAGAAUGCCCAUCUAAAAUCAGAAGAACCUUGCCAUCUUGCUUUCGUGGUAUAAAAUGCUCUUUCAUCCACUUCAAAAAUAGUUCAGCGUUGAUGUAAGAUGAUUUCUGAUUCAUGUAUACAUUUGAGCCAGGUGGUAGACCCUCACAAAAUUCCGGUUUUUUGUAUUUACCCUUCAGUAUCAAAAUAGGCGGAAGGAAAGUACCUUCCGCAUUGCAGCACGCAAUCAAAGAUAUAUUUUCACCUUUUUCGGUACUGGUUACAGUAUUUACAUAUUUCGCACCCUUGCUAGCAAUUACGCGUCCAGUUUUAUUGUUAACUUGUAUUCCGCUUUCGUCCAUGUUGUAGAUUCUUUCUGGUUUACUAAUCAAAUCGUUAUCAGUCAAUACCUUCAACAACAUUUCAAAAUAUUUAUCGACAUCCUGUCUAUUCAUACCACUAGCUCUUGCCAAUGACAGGCCUUCUGCUUUACGUUUACUCAGGUCUGGAUGACGCUUCAUAAAUCCUUGAAACCAAUCCCAGCCUGCUGACUUCUUCUCAUUAUUGAAUCGAUGUGGCAAUCGAAGAUUUUCAGCAAAGUCGUAAGCUAUAGACUGCAGUCUCGAUAGCUCCAAGGGAAAUCCGAUGGAUUCAAGCUUUUUAAUGUGAGCUACAAGUUUUAGUUCGUUCUCAUAUCCCAAUUCAGAAGGUCUUCCAAUUCUCUGCUUAGACCUCCAACCCUUGAGGAUGUGUCUUCGCAAUGUGCGCGAAGGUAUUUCAUAUAAACGACUCGCUUCAUUUACUCCCAUUUUCUUAUUUAUUACAUCCUCCACCGCCUUCUGCAUAUUUUUUUCCGUCCAUUUUCUUGGAUCAACAGCUUUAACCUUUCCCAUUUCCUAAAAAAAAAAAUAUUAAAAAGUAAUCAAAAUAAGAAUUCAGGAAUUAUCUCCAAAUGGGGCACAUUAGCCGAAAAAAAUCGGGGCGCAUUAGACGAUGUACAGUGUAAUGUGCCCCACUUAAAUAAUUCUGAUAUUUGUUACGAAAAACGGAACGUAAUUAUAGGCAAAUAAAAGUUAAAUGAGGUUAGUUUUCGAUAAAAACUUUAAAAACACGAAAUAAUAUGGAGCAAAUACUUUUAAUCAACGUGAAAAUAGAUAUAAAACAAAUUCAUGUAGUCAUACAAACCUUUGAAUCACUUUUUCUCACUAAAACUAAAUAAAAACCAGCACAGUGUUGUUUACAUCGCGGCCAUACUUUGAACACUGACCAGCUAGGAUCAAAUAAGCGCCAAAUUUAAAAUGCUUCACUGAGUUUCGCGAGUGGGGCACAUAUCCGACUGGGGCACGUUUGCCUGGUUUACCCUACUCUAAAAAUGUGCAGACGCUAAACAGCAUACAUGCGCACUCGUCGUUCCAAGAAUACGAGUUGUGAGAGACAGACCGAGGCGCUGACGCGGCAAAAACGAAACUUCCUAUGAAUUAUCAGAUUCAUUUAUCCAUAACUAUUAAGAGAAGUGAUUAAAGUGUAUAUUUAUUGUUCACAUUUUAUUUGUUAAAGAAAACAAAAUCAAUUUCCAUAAAUUUUUAUUAGUUUUCCUUUUUCAGAAAACCGCACACCCCUUAAGGCGGAUCUGUUUGUCAUAAGUAUUUUUUUCAGACUUUUUGGUCCUCUUUCGUAAAUCUUUGAUCAAUAAACAGAUGUGACAAUUUCUGGCGCGUAUUAACCUUAAGACAUCCAUUAAAUAAGCUACAAAACUUAUUUCAAUCAAAAUUGACAAUAACAUUCUCAUUGUGACAUCCAUGACAGAUCUAUUAUAGACAUCAUAACCCACAGAUGAGUGGGUUAUGAUGCCUACAUUUACAAAAACUUUUUGAAGAUGUGGUCGAGGAAUACUUUUGAUCUUUUCUUCAAUAUUGUUAAAUGUUAAAUUUCGUGGAUUAUUCUCGUAAACCACGGUCUUAAGAUAACCCCACAAUAAAAAAUCAGGUGGGGUCAAGUCAGGGCUCUGAGGUGGCUAUUCCAUAUCACCUUUUAUGGUAACAUCUCGUGCGAUGCAGAUAAAGAGUUGUUAGUGCGAUGUGGCCCCAUCCUGUUGGAACCAUGUUAGCCGGUUAUAAUAUUCACAUUGUUGCAGUUGAGGUCCGGAAAAAUUAUGUAUUCUUGUCGACAGAUCAGAUCAGAUGCGGUGAAUUGUCGCUCUUGAUAAUCUCAGUUGAGACUCACGUUUUUUGAGUCGAGACUGUCGGUUUACAGAAUCCUCUACUCACUGAAUGUUUCCAGCCGUUUUUGCUGUCCGAGAUGAAUUUCGCCAACAGUAUUGAAUGUCUGGAUCAAUUGUUGCAUUGCUUGGAGCUUCCGCAAUAUUGCGCACGCAAAACUAGCGUUGCUCUCCAGUGUACGGCAUGAGUGCUUCUCAUUUACUCUUGAUGUAGUUGACUCGUUUUGAGACACCCUGUAAUAUUUCUUUACAUUCGUAUAACGGAAAAGAUCCAGUUGAUAUCGGAGAUUAUUAGGUUAUUUGCCUUGUAUCACAGAUUAUUUAGAAAGAAUAGUAAAUUGAAAUUUCAUAAAUAGUAGAUUUAUGGACGUACUGUAUAUAUCAAAGGUAGUAAUGAACUUAACCAGUCGAAUAGUAAUUUUAGUAUACAAUUACAGCACUUUGAGGUUCCUUUCAGUUCUCAAAUAUCUUCAGGGUUCCCGCGUGUUUUAUGAGAUUUUUUUUAAAAAUAUAUUUCCUUUUUGGUGCUCGAACACAUCCUUGUUUAUUUUCGCCUUCAUUUUUGACUGUUAUUUCUUGAUUUUUUUUUUGUUUUUAAUACUGGGUGCUUUUAUUUCUGGAAGUUUAAAAGUAUUUAAUUUCAUGUGAAAGUCAUAUCUCCCUUUUUUUUAUUUGUAAUUCCAAACUACGUGGAGUGUAUUAUUAAUUUUUUGAUGUUAUAUGGCUCUUUUAUGAAUUAAAUAAAAUUGAUGAUUUUUUUACGAAGACAAUUUUCAAAUCUACGUCUGCUGCUACUAUUUGUUUCUAAUAUCUUUUACAGUUAGUUGGUAAGGCGUUGGGUGGUACUUUACGAAUUGAACACAUCGGUAUUUCUAUCUCUUUAAUCUUAAUUAUUUAUUGAAUUUUAAUAAGACUGAAAUUUUGACGAUUCAUCACAAAAAUAACAUAUAAAAAUGUCUAAGAAAUGAAAAAAUUAAGAAAAUUAUUAUUUCAUUUAACCAUAACCUUUCAAAUGACAGUUUAAAAAUGUCAUUAAUAAUAACUGCAACUCCAAAGUAUUGAGGUGUUUUCUUUAAAAGUGUUUUUCAACAUAUGGAACAAACUCGCUCAAAAAUAAAAAGUUUUGGUAAAAUUUUUUAUUCUUUGGUUUCAUCGAUAUCAUUUUUUUUGAAGAAAUUGAAACCAAUCGGACGCUAUGACCACGACAUUUGCAACGAUCAAUUCAGUCUUUACUUGCCACAAACUCUCUACCGGUCUCUUAUUUUUUGAACAAAAUGCUUAUUUUAUAUCGUUUUUGACAAAACCAUAUCGACAAUACAGUUUAAAGGAAUUCAAAGCAGGUCUUUCUUAAUAUUUUAAGUUUCUUAUAAUAUCUUCGUUUUCUAUUACCUCUGAUUUAGUUCUUUGUUGUUUCAACAUCAAUAUCUCAAACAAUUUUCUGGACGCGUCUUUUUUUAUUCAUAAUACCGUAACACAACAGAAAAUAAAGGGUUGGUCCAACCAAAAUGCACGAUGUUAAUUGUAAAUAAAACUAAAAAGUUUUCAGAGAAUUAUCUUAAUAUUUUUUAUAAUGAUAGAAGGAUCCAUGACAAUUAUGUAUGAAACAAAAUAUCGCCCAAAUGCUCGCCACGGCUUCGGUGGCAUACUUCUAUCCGAUGGUCCAUAUUUUCAAUGACUCUGAGACAUAAUUGAGGUUCAAUGUCGUUAAUGUGCCGAAUUAUAUCGUCCUCUAGCUCUUGAAUUGUUCUUGUCUUAUUGACGUACACUUUUUCUUUAAAAUAUCCCCAAAGAAAGAAGUCCAACGGUGUCAAAUCACAUGAUCGUGGCGGCCAAUUAACAUCGCCACGACCAUUCAGUUUCUCGCGCAAAAUAGCCAAUGUUCCCUUGGCUGUGUGGCAAGUGGCACUAUCCUGUUGGAACCACAUAUAGUCCAGGUCCAUAUUCUCAGUUUCUGGCCACAAGAAGCCCGUUAUCAUCUCGCGAUAGCAAACAACAUUCACAGUAAUUGCACGACCGACCUCAUUUUGGAAGAAGUACGCCGCCAGUCCAUGCAUCGACUUUUCAACAAUCACUCGUGGAUCCUCAUUUGCCCAAAUGCGGCAAUUCUGCUUGUUAACGAAUCCACUGAGGUGAAAGUGCGCCUCAUCGCUGAAGAUGUCACCAGUCACUUCUGUCUGUUCAACUAACCAUUCGGCGUUUUGACGAUGCUCGAAAUGAUCAGCAGGCUUCUGUUCUUGAGAAAAUUGAACCUUGUAAGCGUGUAAAUUCAAAUUCUUAUUCAAAAUUCGCAUCAGUGAUGUUCGUGAGAUGUUUAAUUGUUGGGCGCGACGACGAGCAAGCACAGGUGUUUUCACAUUUCCUACAGACCCGGUUUGCUGAAAUUUGCGCACAAUUCUCCCGAUUGUGGACACAUUUGGUCGAUUAUGUUGACCAAAAAAAUCACGAAGUGCACGAAAUGAAUUUUGAUUUGAACGCCCAUUUUCGUAAAAGGCUUCAACAAUCUUAACGCGCUCCUCAAUUGUGUACCUCUCCAUGGUUGAAUUUGUCAAACACUGAAACAAAGAAACGUCAAAUUAAGUUAUGAAAAAAACUUGACGUUAAAGUGCGACUCACAAUUAACAUUGCGUGCAUUAUAGUUGGACCACCUUUUAUAACAGAAAUCAUAGGGGGUGUUCUGAGUAAGCUACAAUUUCCCAGAAAAGCGGUGUGGUUGUCUAGCGGGCGUCAUAUGACGUAUUGGUGGAAAAUUAUCGAUAUGGGCAUAACAGUAUUGGCAGAUUUUGAUGAUUACGAGUCA